GCAAACAGAUUGUUAAUGGAAUGUCAUGUGGCUCAGUCUGAAGCCAGAACCUCCCAGAUAAGGGGAGUGGAAGAGUGGGAUGUUUACUAUUCUCCCCACAAGCUGUGCAACAGUUCACUUUCAAUUUUGGAGACUUGUGACAACUACAAAAUACUUCUGCCUGGCUUUGUUUUACUGAGAAUUGCUAAGAUGUCCUCCAGUAAUACUUCAAACUAUGACUAUGAUUCAGAUCCUGUGUUGGAUGAGAUAAAAAAACAGAAUGACUACGUAAACACACUCCGACUGCUAUACUUCAUUGGAUACCUUAUCAUCUGCACCCUCGGCCUGCUUCUCAACCUUCUGACAAUUAUUGCAGGCAGCUGUUACUACAAGUCGGACACUGCUAAGUGGGUCGUGGCGUUAGCUGUGACCCAUUUUCUCUGCUCAGCUUUCCUGCCAUUGCAGAUUCUCUACAGCUGGUAUCACUUCAACUGGCACUAUGGAACAGCUCUGUGCAAACUCUCCUCCUAUGUACUUUAUACCAGCAUGUUCUCCACAGCAGGUAUGCUGACCCUACAUAGUGUCUCUGAUUGGAUCAAAUUCAGACUAUUUAAGUGCACUGCAUUCCGGCAUUCAUCAGGAGUCCUGAUCAUGAUUCUGUGCUCCUGGGUAUUUGCAGUGUUCCUAAGCAUCCCGUCUUUGUACUUCCGAGAGCUUCAAUACACAACGCUGGGGGAGGAGUGUGUUGACGUCUAUGAUUCUGGUGAUAAGACAACACAAAUCGUCAUAGUUUGCUAUAGGUUCUUACUUGGGUUUUUGAUCCCUGCAUUUUUGAUUGGCAUCUGUUGCUUCUGUGAGCAUAAACAGAAGGAACGAAACAUGAAGCAAAUCAUGGGUUUGAUGAAAUUGGCUUACUUUGUGUGCUGGACUCCACUGCUAUUCAUAGGGCUCCUGCAGACCAAAUCAGAAUUUGUUCCUGAUUUCUCAUACAGAGGGCCUAUCGCUACUGUGCUGGCUGUGGCUCACUGCUGUGUAAACCCAGUGGUCUAUCUUUUGGUGAGUAAAGACUUUAAGAUGCAGUGGAUGAAGCAAGCACAAUCUGACCAAUCAAACAGCGGUUAUAUUUGAUGCCUAGAGGACUACAGACUCUGUACGCUGUGCAUUUUCUAUUAUUCUACAUGCAUUUAUUCUGAACUCAUGCUCAUGUAUACACAGUACCAAAAAG